CGUCCCCUCCGCUCCGCUCCGCUCCACGCCCGCCCCAGCCCGGCGAACAGAGGAGAGGGGAGCGAUCGGAGCCAGAGGGAGGCCGCGGAGGUUCUGGGGUCGCCGCCUUCGCUGCUGAUCGAUUCUCCGGCUUGUUCCUGCGCCUUCUCAUCGCACCCCUUGCGGAUUUUCUCCCACUUCUUCAAUUCCAAUGGAACAUAGCUCUUCAGAAGAUUCAGACAUUAGCGAUUCGGAUAUUGUUGAACACAAGGAGAAGAUCUAUGCCCAACUGCGAGCCGGAAAAUUGAAAGUAAAGUAUGGCGAGAGUGCCUUUCGGUGCCCUUUCUGCCCUGGGAAGAAGAAGCAGGACUAUAACCUGAAGGAUCUACUGCAGCAUGCCACAGGAAUAGGAGCUGCUCCUAAGCGCAGUGCCAAGGUGAAGGCAACACACCUAGGGCUUGCUAUGUUCUUAGAGAAGGAUACAGCCAGCUCGUUGGAGAAACCAUUGCAAAUUGUGGUCUGCAAGCCAAAAGCGACAAAGGGUGAAGAAGAGGUUUUUGUAUGGCCAUGGAUGGGCAUUGUGGUUAACUUACACUAUGAGUUGAAGGGUGAAGCAUUUUCAAGGGAAAGUGAAGAAAGGCUAAGAGCACAGCUGUCACGGUUCAGACCACUCCAAGUCACAAUUCUUGGGGAUGACAAGGACCAGGCAUUUUGUGCCAUUGUCAAGUUUGCUAAGGACUGGGGUGGAUUAAAGGAUGCAUUGGCUUUUGAAAAGCAUUUCGUACUCGAGCAGUAUGGCAAGACAGAUUGGAACAAAAUAAAUUGCAGAAAGGACGAUAUUUAUGGAUGGCUUGCAAGAUCUGAUGAUUAUAACACUCUGGGGCCAAUUGGGCAGCAUCUAAGAGAACAUGGAGAUCUUAAAAGUGUUGGUGACCUGGAACGUGAGGGGACCCAAAAAAUUGACAUGCGUGUAGCUCAUUAUGCUCGCCAAAUCGAGGUAACAAACAAGCACAUGAGUGAAUUGGAGCUGAAGAACAAUCAAAAUGCCAUGAAACUUAAUAGGAUGAUGGAAGAGAAAGAUCGAUUGGUUGAAGAGCACAAUGAAAAGAUAAGAAAGAUGCAGAAAGCUGCUUGCCGAAGUUCUAGGAAAAUAAUUGACGAAAAUAUUAGAUUGUAUGGAGAACUGGAGACUAAGAAAAAGGAAAUUGACAGGAAAGGUAAGCAACUUGAAAAAUUGGCCACGAAAAGCAAUACUGACAGAGAAAAGCUUGAAGCGGCAAAAGAAGAGAAUGCAAAGGAGAACAUGCUUCUUAAUUUAGCAACUCAAAAGAAAAAGGAAGAAGAUGAGAAGCUCAUGCGACUUGUUAAGAAACAUGAGCAAGAGAAAGAAGAUGCUUUGAAGAAGCUAUGUAAUUUACAAAUGCAGUUGGCUUCCAAACAAAAACUUGAACUGGAAAUAGAACAGUUGAAGGGGAAUUUAGAGGUGAUGAAGCAUAUGGUGGACGAAGAUAAGAAUUUGAAGGAGAAGCUCGAUAAGUUGCUUGAAACACUAGAAGAGAAAAAUGACGAAAUGGAGAAUAUUGAUUCUCUUAAUCAGACCCUUAUUAUUAAGGAACGAAGAACCAAUGAUGAGUUGGAAGAAGCUAAGAAAGAACUGACAAGUGGCCUACAAAAGAUGUCUGCAGUUCGAUCCCUUAUCGGUGUCAAAAGAAUGGGUGAGCUCGACCACAAAGCUUUCGUUGCUGCUUGCAAAGAGAAAAUAACAGAUGCAAAGGAGUUGGCACUUGUGUGCUCAAAAUGGGAGGAUGAGAUCAGGCAACCAGAUUGGCAUCCUUUCAAAGUCAUCGAUGUUGAUGGAGUUGCAAAGGAAAUAAUUAAGGAGGAUGACGAGAAGCUGCAAGCUUUGAAGGCUGAACUGGGUGAGAAGGCACACGAUGUUGUUGUGAGGGCUCUCCGUGAGAUUAACGAAUACAAUCCCAGCGGUAGGUACCCCUUGCCCGAGCUGUGGAACUUCAAGGACGACAGGAAGGCACCAAUGGGCGAGGUAGCAGCGUACAUAGUGAAGCAGUGGAAGACGAACAAGAGGAAGAACACCUACACCUGAUGACUGAGACCUGGAUUGGCCUUGCUAGACCAUGUGGAGCCAUUAGUGUCUUCAUGUCCCUGACCUCUUAGCUGAAACAUUCUGUGAUGUACUUAAUUUGUUCCGUCUUUUGGGACGAUUAGCUAGAUCCAUUCUAAAACAGUAAUCCCUCCCUGAGCUCCCUGUUCUCUUCUUUAUUCGGACCAUCAACUGUGCUUUGCAAAAUGCGACAUAUGUUGAUUUAGUUCUUAUUCUGCUGCUACAUAAGUCGAUUUCUUGCCUUUUC